GAGCAGAUACCAGAAUUUGGUCCUUAAGGAGCAGAAUCUGGGCCUGAACCAAGCUCCAGGCCACGCUGGGAGGGGAAAGGGACCCCCAGCCACACAGCCUGAGACUGUGGGAGCACCAAAUUGUUGGGCAGCCUGCUGAGUGCCAAACCCUUUAUCACACGUAGCUAACCCUCACAACAAGGCUGUGCCGUGGGCAUCACAGCCCCACUUCACAGGCUCAUGAGCAGCUUCAGAGGAGUUAAGACUGCUCCAGUCUCUACUGAGAGGCAGACUUAAAUCUGGAUCAGCUCGGUUCCAAAUCUCAGUCUGUCCCACUAUUACACAGGACCUCCAAUUCCUGAGGGAGCCUUGAGCUGGGCAAGUGCACAGCCUCUUACCAGUGGGACGAGAGAUGGUGGUUCAAGAUGAAACCCAGCAUGCAUCUGUGGCCUAAGGCUGGAUUGAGGGCAGGCAGAAGUCAUGGUCAAGAAUCCUCGCUGGGGUCUCCAGCCCGACACUCUUAUCUAGUAUCAUAGAAAUGAAUUCUACCACCUAAAUGAGUUUUCCAGAAACAUAAAGCUCACCCCUUUACAAUUUAAAACUUUAAAAAAACUCAUUCUGGAAGGAAAUCACUCUAAAACAUUACACUCGUCUUCAGCCCAUCUGCACUGUAAUAUAAAUCCUUCUGGAUAGCUGAGGAUCAUUCACAGACACCAAAAACCUCUGCAGCAAUGUUUUCAAAAGCUGUAACAGCGUCAGAAAAGCUACUUGCCUUAAUGCCAGAAGACCUUGGACCACUUUUUAAAUGCUUAUGACUGCUUUAAAAGUUUUCUGUGAUAUUGCUUCCCUUGCUACCAAGCUAUCGGGUCACUAGCUACUAUAAAUGUGCUUCUACUCUUUGAGCACAGGAACACACAUGGACACCUUAAAAUUGUGAAUAAAGUAAGAACAAGUAGGCUGUGACUGAGGACUGUAGAGUCUGUCCAGUGAGUGAAGCACAUGAAGACUGUAGCUGCUUAAGAGUUCUUUCUGCUCCCUCUAGACCCCACAAUGUUACCCUGUAGUUGACCUCCACAUAAGUGAAGCGUCACUGCACUAGUAAUCCCAAAAUCACUAUUUGCUUCUUCAAUUGGAAAAGUCCACUGAAGAUCGCAAUAUAGAUUGUCCCCAAUCAUAGGAGACAGUUGGAAUAUUUAAGACAAGGAAGGCAGCAUAGCAUAGAGACGAAAAAUAGUCUUUGGCAUUGGAAAGAUCUGGGUGGGAAUCCUGGUGUCCCCAUUUUCCAGCUGCAUGAUUGAUUUGGGGCACAGGCCACUCACCCACCACUCUGAGCCUCAGGGUCAUGAGGAUGAAAGGAGAGAAUGCAGAAAGGUGCUUAGCACAGUAUCUGGCAAAAAUGGGGUGAGAAGUGGCCAGGAAAUCGGAAUGUGUGUUUGGGUCCUUGGGGGCAUCAGGAAGACAAGAGUGGGAGCCUGAAGGGAAAGGGACGGGGCAGAAAAGGAGCAGUAAAGGAGCCCCACUAUCCUGGCUUUCCCCCUGCAAGAGGUAGGUGUCAUUGUGUGACUGCCCUGUGUAGGCCAGAAGGCCUGGGGCUGCCCCAGAGAGCACUGAGAUGGGGGCUGGCACCUGCACUGCGGAUUGGGAACUUCUUCUCAAGGGCUAGCUGUCUCUUCCCCUUUUCCUGCUCCGAUUAACACGAGGUUGGUGGGCCGGGCAGGGAGGGAGAGAUGGGGAAGAAGUCCCCACAAUGGUUUGUACCCACCUGAACCUAGUGAAAAAAUGAAGCUGCCAAACAAUGCAGCCAUGUCUCCUUUCUCAAAGCCCCCAUCUGCCUAGGGGCCAAGCUGGGAAAUGGGUACUGCUGUGGGCCUUAGCCCAGAAGGGUAAUAUGGGGAAGAGGGGGUGGCAGAGAAGCUUGGUGGCGGGGUGGCUGUCCUCCUGUCCCUGCGACUUUUUUGGUUUCUUCCUUUAGCCCCUCCAUUUAGCUACUGAGCACCCACUCUGGGCUGAACACUGGGCUAAGGGGCUGGGAUAUUGGAGACACAUGACACAUAGUCCUGGCUCCUGGAGAAAGACCACCCAGGCCCUGGGUCCUUGCCUCCUCCCAUCCUCAGCUCCCUUGCCCACUGACCCCUCACCCCACUUCUCUGAACCCGUCUCUUCUGCCCCCCUGACUUUGUUCUGUUCAUGUCUUAACCAGACUCGCAGUGUGUGUGCUCCCAGAGGGAAGCAAGGCAAAGGAGGAAGAAAGGAGGGAAUCCCGCUGACAUCACGGCUCAUUAGCAUAUGUGACCUCAUCAGGGGGGUGGGACUGUUUCCCCAGGUGUCUAGGGGGAGGGCAUGGAGGGUGGUAUUUAAAGGGAAAAGCUGACAGUGCUGCUGAGUGAGGGAGCGGGUGCUGCGAGCCGCCCGGCUGCACACGCACACCGAUGCACACAGACCUCGACACCGACAUGGACACGGACACAGAAACCACAGCACUCUGUCCCGCCGGCAGCCACCGGGCCUCCCCGCCAGGAACGCCCACACCAGAAGCAGAUGCUACACUGCUGAAGAAGCCAGAGAAACUGUUGGCAGGGUUGGACUGGGGCGGGCCACCCCCCGCCCCAGGGGCCCCCAGACGAAGAGGCAGUAUGCCUGUCCCCUACAAGCACCAGCUGCGGCGGGCCCAAGCUGUAGAUGAACUUGACUGGCCACCUCAAGCCUCAUCCUCUGGCUCCUCUGACUCCCUGGGCUCAGGGGAGGCAGCCCCCACCCAAAAGGAUGGCAUCUUCAAGGUCAUGCUGGUGGGGGAGAGCGGCGUGGGCAAGAGCACCCUAGCAGGCACUUUCGGUGGUCUCCAGGGAGACAGUGCUCACGAGCCAGAGAACCCAGAGGACACCUAUGAGAGACGCAUCAUGGUGGAUAAGGAGGAAGUGACUCUAGUUGUUUAUGACAUCUGGGAACAGGGGGAUGCAGGGGGGUGGCUGCAGGACCACUGCCUUCAGACGGGGGAUGCCUUUCUCAUCGUCUUCUCAGUCACCGACCGACAAAGCUUCUCCAAAGUUCCAGAGACCCUACUACGGCUCAGGGCUGGGAGGCCCCACCAUGACCUGCCUGUCAUCCUCGUUGGAAACAAGAGUGACCUGGCCCGCUCCCGGGAGGUCUCACUGGAGGAGGGUCGCCAACUGGCAGGGACACUGAGCUGCAAGCACAUCGAGACGUCGGCCGCACUGCACCACAACACGCGGGAGCUCUUCGAGGGAGCGGUGCGCCAGAUCCGGCUGCGGCGGGGCCCGAACCGCGCUGGGGGCCCGCAGCCCGAGUGGGGCAGGCCCGAGGGCCCCGCGCCGCCUACGCGCCGCGAGAGCCUCACCAAGAAGGCCAAGCGCUUCCUUGCCAACCUGGUGCCGCGCAACACCAAGUUCUUCAAGCAGCGCUCCAGGUCGUGUCACGACCUCUCCGUGCUCUGAGCCGCGGUCGCUAUGGUCACCGCGGUCGCUAUGGUCACCGCGGUCGCCAUGGUCACCGCGCCCUCCGCUCGCCCCCUCGCCCCGCCCCGCCCCCGUCCGGCUUCCUCUGUGAAGACAGUCUACGAAACCAGAAACUCCCAGGACGCCCCGGUGUGACUAUGGGAGCCGGGCCCCCCGCCCCCAGACCCCGGCGGGCGUCGCCCCACCCGCUCCGCGCGCUCUCCGGUUACCUCCCGGCCUCGGGGCUCCUGGAAGGCGAGGACGCUGACCCGCGGGCGUCGCGCAGCGGCUGUUGGGCGGGGCGGCUUCCGGCGGGCGGGGAGGAAAGUAGUUCUGCGAGGUAUUUUAUUAAUUCACGCUUGACCACCUCUCCCGUAAAGAGAUGCUAAAAGCAAGAACUGGAAAAGUGCUUUGUAAACUCCUUUACAGUUUUCUACCUUUGUACUCAGCGGGAAUAUGCCUCAACUUUAAGAGAUUCUUAAAGGUAAAGACACGGAGCCGCUUCUUUGAGACUUUCCUAAAGCGUCCUGGCUCUGAUCUGCUGCACUUGUCCACUUUGCCUUUAAGAAGUUCUUAAAGGCAAGGGCCUGGAAGCGUUGUUCUUCUGAAUUGAUUGUGAUUUACCCUUACACCACGGCACUUCCCCUUCAAGGUUAUUAAGCGGAAGGUGUGCAGAGACUUUUGCCUGAAGAGCUGAGGGGUGGCAACCCGCCUUUAGCCAGGUCCCAGGAGGCACCAGCAAGGGGGCCACCCUUCCCUUUUCAAUAAAGACUUUUUCU